UGGCUGUCCUCAUGGUUCUAGUAAACGUCUAUCAUUUCCAGUCUGUUUCCUGACAUCAUGAAGACUCUUUUGAUUUUGUUUGUUUUAAUGAAUUUGGACAAACUGCUGAAGACGGCACACUGCACAGAAACACAAGAUCAAGUUCUAUCAAUCACCCCAAAAACACAGGAGCAAGUAGACAUUUUGAAGAAUGUUUCCACUCAAUAUGAGACAGCCUUGUGGCAGCCUGUUUCCCCUCAUUAUAUUAAAGAAGACACUCAGGUCCACCUGUUUGUCCCUGCAAACAGCUCAGAGACUGUCAAGGACCUGCUGCAGAGACACGCCAUAACACACGAGGUGCUACUGGCGAACCCCAACGAGCUGAUUGAAAUGCAGACGAGGAACGACUCCGGUGACCCAAGGAGUAGCGUGACCUUCUACGAAAGAUAUCACAGCCUGGAGGAUAUUUAUUUCUGGAUAAACAGGACUCAACAGGACAACCCUGACACUGUGAAAGUCAUUCUCAUUGGUUCCUCAUUUGAGAAGCGUCCACUCUAUGUUCUAAAGUUGUCUGUAAAUAACAGGCCGAAUAAGAAAGCAAUGUGGAUAGAUUGUGGGAUCCAUGCCAGAGAGUGGAUCUCUCCUGCUUUCUGCUUAUGGUUUGUACAAUAUUCUUUGUCAUUUUACCAGUUAAACGAUGACAUUACUAAAAUCCUGGACAACAUGGAUGUCUACAUCCUGCCUGUUUUGAACCCUGAUGGAUACCAUUACACAUGGACAACAAACAGGAUGUGGAGGAAGAACCGCUCGACCAACAGGGGCACCAAAUGCAUCGGGGUCGACCUCAACAGAAACUUUGAUGCCAACUGGUGCACGGAGGGAGCCUCUGAUCAGCCCUGCACUGAGAUCUACUGCGGGGCCUUCCCUGAGUCUGAACCAGAGACGCAGGCCGUGGCCGACUUCCUGCGCAGCCACAAGGACAUCGUCCAGAUCUACCUCAGCAUCCACUCCUACUCUCAGAUGCUGCUCUUCCCGUACUCCUGCACCUUAGAGGAAGCAGAGAACCACAGCGAGCUGCUUGAAAUGGUCCAAGAAGCUGCCCAGAAAAUCCAAAGAUAUUACAGAAAUAUGUACACAUAUGGUUCUGGAGCAAAGACAAUAUACCUGGCUCCUGGAGGUUCUGAUGAUUGGGCGUACAAACUUGGCAUCAAAUACUCGUUCACAUUUGAGCUCCAGGACCGCGGGCGCUAUGGCUUCCUCCUUCCACCAUCUGACAUCUCCAAAGCCUGCAACGAAGCUCUGCUCGCUGUGAAGACUAUUGCUCUAAAGGUCGUUGACAAAACAAAAGCUCCUGCUUAAACCGUCCGAGCAGUAGUGACAUCAGUGACUUAAUAUAAUGGGAUAAAAACGGUAUCAAAAACAGAAUGAACUGAUUUAAGUUACAGAUGAAGGGAGCAAUAAGGUAACAGUGUGUCACCCAAACUGCGUCAUCAUGCAUAUGUCAGAUGAUAAUAGUGAUGAAGGCUAUUGUUGUGUUAUUGGUGGUGUUAAUAAUAUAUGAUCUCAACCACACCCCUGUCAGAUGUGAUGCAAAGGAAUACAGCAGCUGUGCAUUAAAAAUAAAUGAAAAUAAAUAACAUGCUGUGUGAAUGUUUAAUUUUUGACUACUUUCAGUAUGGCAGUACCCUAUCAUAUGUAUAUUGUAAAGUCAUGGCAUUUAUAAAAUAAAGUUGGAGUUCUUAUUGUGUUUUAAAGCAGAAUGUAUUAUCAGGAAAUAGCAGCAACCAGAGCCUAUCAACAUAUAUGUCUUUUUAAUACUUUUUUGAUAUUUUUUUAGGCACAGUGUCCCUCAAUUUAUUUUUGAAUGACCUCAGUCUGUGUUUCCUAAGUGUUAAGUUAUGAUCUUGGCUUUAAAGUCUCACAUGCCCCCAAUUUCAUCCUCCUAAUGGACUCUAAUGGCACUCAGAAUUUGACAAAUGCUCGUUGGAUCUUUCAGGACCAGAAUCAGCAGUAAGUGUUGGCACUAAUGGCAGCAGCCGGAGCGCCGCCGCAGGACCAAAACAUCAUAAAUCACAAAAUGGAGCCAGAUCACAUCUAAAAAGCCCAGCUGAAAGUUGGUCUUUACAGAUUAACGAAAAAUGUAAUAUGUCUAACACAAAAUGAUCAUUCAAGGAAUAAAAACACGUGAUACAUAUG